CUCCGAACAUGAGUUUAAGUGACAGCGACUCUAGACUCGCCGAGCCUCUCUUGACAGAGUCGACUGACAGCGACCUCCCUGGACAUCACUCUACAGAGUCAACUGACAGUGACCUCCCUGAGCGUUCCUCUACAGAGUCAAUCACCAGCGAGUCUGACCUCCCUGAGUACCCCUUCACAGAGGAAGAGAGACGCUACCUUCGCAUCGUCGGCGAGACCACUCCACUGUCUGAUAUUAUACGCGCACAGGCUCUGCGCCCCCAAAGACCUCCCAGGAGGCACUAUCUCCACCGUCUUCCUUCCAUCAGCGAGUCCAUCAGCAUCAGCCAAUACUCCGCUGUGACCGGCUACUGCGAGCGGGCUCCUAUCGCUCGUUCGCAAAGCAUCACGCUCCCUGAUCCUAUCCAAGACUAUUUCGUCCCUAAUAAGACAACCAAUCCACCCAGCCUUCCUGGAGAUAAGGUCAAGACACGCACCAAGUUCUACAAAGGACUGGCUCGUUUCUUCAACCAGAGUACCACGAGUCUUGCAGAGCUCUCUUCUGCCACUAAGGAAAAGAUCAAGGAUUUCAAGCUCGCCAGGUCCAAGAGCACUUUCAACCUCCCAGGUCUUGUGUCACCCUUGCCAUCUCCUUCAAGCAGCACCACCACUCUCCCACCUCGUCCAGCAGGACUCCACCAACCAUUCAACAGAUCGACUUUGCCUACUUCUUACUCCGAAAGCGCAUUUCUUCUUCAGAGCUCCGAGGCUUUGCCAAUCGAGUCACCAUCAAAAUGGACCAAGGCUCGCCGCAAUCUCCGCGCGUCCACUUGUAAGCUACUCCCUCAAACUCCAUCCCACCACAGGAUUCUAACAUGUCAUUCAGCNGUUCCUCAAGAGCAAGAAGAACUAAGCGGCAACAAGUCCCGCCGCACGCGUGUUACAAGCGGCCAUUGGAUUUCACCACACCGUCCUGGCCGCUCCACUACCGAUGCCAACGGCAGUCCUGCGGCAUCGCGUCUACACGCAAUGAAUGUAUCAAAAAUUUCGUCCUCACCUCAGUCAUCUCACAAUCACGAUCCUAUUACACCCCCUCCACCCUCUCUUCAAUCUCCUCAUGUCUUCAAACCUGUCAUCGACCCCUCGACUCCGACCGGAUCCUCGCAUCUCUUCAAACCGGUCAAACCCGUUGCUUCGUCUACUUCGAAGCCCACUCACAACUUCAAACCCGUGAUCGACAACAAGUCGCGAUCACCCAAUUCUCAGCACAACUUCAAACCUGUCAUUAUCAACAAGUCGCCACCCCCAAAGUCUUCACACAAUUUCAAGCCUGUCACUAUCGCCAAAUCGCAGUCUCCCAAGACUCCACACAACUUUAAGCCCAUCAUUGUCGACGACCUAGCAACUCCCAUCUCUCCCCAUACCUUUACGCCCCUUCAAGCCGCUCCUUCGCCCUCUCUUCAUUCGUUUUUCAAAUCCAAGAACGACGUCUACGCUGACGCAGACAUCAACCCUGGCCUUUCUUUCUGCGUGCCGGCUUCAAAAGCAGUCCAAACCGAGCCUUCGACUGUUGCACCCGAGCCAUCUUCGCCUGGAGCUGAACCUGAUUGGAAAAACUACCCUUUCAAAACUCGUUACAAGCCUUACGUCCCUCGCCCCUACGACCCCGACGAGGAAGUUACAUUCCCUAAUGGACUCGAUGGAGACAACCCCUAUCUGCGUCCCUACGGCGGAGGCUGGCGCAACCAUCCCUACCACCUUUAUGAGAGACUGACUACCGAUCAGCUUUUGGUCGAUCCAUAUGCUAAACCACCUAANAUCGCCCAAGAAAAGAGCAGCCGUAACUACUACGGUGGACGUUCCGCGGCUCAGAGAGAGUCCACCAGAUACGUCCACCGUGCUAGUAACGGUGAGCUCCAUGAGGCGUAUGAGAUGGACGACCUCUCCGCUCCCAAGUCUGGUCCAUCGAACGAGGUUUCUAAGGCCGCUCCCGAGGCCGCUCCUGAUGACCCUCCCAAGCCCUUUGUCGGCACAGCUGCUACUAUCCUGCAGAGGGUCAGAGAGGACCUCCGAAUUCAAAACGUCCAGGCACACGAUCCGGCCGGCAACGUCUACUUCUACGAGAAAUCCUAUGUACCUCGUUUCACAAAACACUCUCUGCGCCCGUCGAAGCGCCCGUUCAGCAUCAGAAACCUUUUCAGUCGCCGUCUUUACGGUAGACCAGGUGAUGGCGCCAAUUUGCUCAUGCCACACAUCCCCUAUACUGUCAAGAUUCCUGGUGUCGAUGAUCGGGAGGGAAAAGAAGGCUGCGGCCGAGGCCGAAGCCGAAGCCGAAGCAAAAAGAAUGAGCCUCUGUUUGGUCAUCAGGAAGCCAGAAGGGGCAAGAAGAAGGCCUCUUUCGAUGGUCCCAUUCCCAAUUCCAUGGCCGAACCAGACGAUCUCCGCCACGACGUCCUUCGCGACCAUGAUACUUCCGUUGCCGACAUCCAUGCAACUUCUCUCUCUGCUGAUGCUGCCACUACGGCCAUCGUUCCUCGUUUCUAUGUGAACACCCCUUCUAUCGACAGCCACAUCUCACGUCGUGACAAAGCCAACCACCAGGAAAUGGCACAGGAAACAUUGCUUCUGCCAGACGAGCUCGGUGUUUGGAAGACAAACGAACAUCAACCCAGGGAAUCAGACUAUGCUAAGGUUGAAAAGGCUCGCCUGCGCAAACUCAGAGCUGAAAAGAAGUUGGCGGAACAGCUCCCCAAGAACCAAGAAUCUACGCCAGAGAAGCCACUGCAACCCACGCCAGCCAAAACUCCAAAAUCAAUUGCUAAAGAGUCUCUGCGUGUUUCUGUCAGCCCUCCUCGCAUUCGUACUCCCGACCGCUACAAGGGCUAUACUUUUGAGGAGGCGGAGCAACUUGUCACACCAAAGUCUCCUCAACAAUGCCAAUUCGAGGCUGAUCAAGCUGACCCUCCUCGUGCACCUACACCUUAUCAUCUUCCUUACGUAGAGNNGGAGGAAUUCGACGCCGAGUAUGAGAAGCAGAUUGCCGACCUCUCAAACACUUUCAGAGAGUUCCUG